CCUGCUCCUCCGGCUUCCGGGCCAUGGCGCCAGCUGUGGGUCCUUGGGCUCCUCGCUUGUGGCGGGCCUGCAACGCUCUCAUGGCAGCUUUCUUCGCUCUGGCCGCUGUGGUGCAGGUGAACGAUCCAGAUGCAGAGUUGUGGGUGGUGGUGUACAUGAUCCCAGCAGUACUCACCCUGCUUGUUGGGUUUAAUCCUCUUGUCACAGGCAACUUCAUCUGGAAAAGUGUGUCUGCGAUACACAUGCUGUUCUGCGUGCUGUGGGCUGGUGGCUUGGGGUACCACUUCUUGCUUCAUGCAAAGCAGAGCAUCCUAAAUGAGGAAGAAGGCAGGGAGCUGUCUGGUCUGGUGAUUGUCACAGCAUGGAUGGCACUGUGCCACAGCUCAUCCAAAUGAUCCUGUGCUGUGCUGUGCCACUUGGAGACUGAGCAUCUGUUUCUUGUGCCUGCCAGCAUCCUGCCCAACUCUUUCUAAGGAUAGCUCCUGACAUCUGGACAAUGGUUUGGAUUUUUGUGCCAUUGGAAUGAUUUUGUCUGCUCAUCUAAUUGAAAAUGACACCCCUAGAUCUUUGUUGUGACACCACACUCCACUUUUCUCAGUGACCCUAUUGCCCAGGAGAGAAUCUGGCUUUUGAUUCAUUUUCUGCUAUGGUAUAGAUAUGAAAUGUCUUUAUGGCUCGAGUGUUGAAGACAUGGUCACCAACUGUUGAGUUACUGGGAGGUGACACCAUCUUUUAGAGCUGAGAACUAGGGAGGGAAGUCAAGUCACGGAAGGAUGCCCUGGAUGGGAAGACCACAAGCUCUGCCCUCUUCUCUGACUUUGCUUUCAGGCUCUGAUAUGUAGGCAGCUUGCUCUGGUAUACAUUGCCUGUCACCACAUGCUGCUUUACCACAGGCCCCAGUGCAACACAGCCAAGGGACUCUGAACUAAACGCCUCCAAACCAUAAGCCUGGACAGACCUUUCCUCCAUGUAAGUUGAUUAUUAUAGGUAUUGACCAGUAAUGGAAAGCUAACAAAUUUAUGUAUUCUUAUCUGCCCUACACACCUAAUGCCAUGGUUCUCUCCAUUACAAAAAGCAUUCCAACAGCCCAUUCCAGAAUGGAUACUCAGUAUCUGCUCAAUGUCUGAAGUUUGAAUUACUUGUAACCAAUUUAUGUGACUUCAAGGUAUAAGGAUCCUGACCCUGAACAAUGACAAUAAACUUUUACCUUAAUCAUC